GCCCAGACCUUGGAGCCCGCUGGGGGCGUUUCCCCGCCGCGCCCGCUUCAAAACCUGUCAACAAGGCGUGGUGCGUGGUGCGUGUGCGGGCGGGCUCGGGGCCGCCGGCGCCCGGAUCUGUUACCUUGGCGGGGCUUGUGACGGGCGCCGCGGAGCUCGCGCGCUGCGCUCCAGGCUCUCCCCGGCGUAGGCUGCGCUCGAGCGGCGUUAAGCUGUCACCACAGGCUGCCCGGGGCAGAGCGCGUGACGGCUGUCGGGGAGAGCCCGCCCGUGGAGGUGGCGCGGGAGGAGGGGCCGCCGCGGCCCGGUAGCCCAAGUGGAAAACUUGGUCAACUUGGAGGAGCAGCUUCGCGCCUGCCUGAGGCGUAGGGCGGCGUUUCCGGUGGAGCUGCAGGCAGGGAGCAGGAAGCAGCUAAUAUUAAAUGAUCCGUCGUGUCUCCAAGCUGAGAGGAUGAAACGAGGAGGAAGAGAUAGUGACCAUAAUUCAUCAGAAGAAGGUACAGAGAAAUCUAAGAAACUGAGGACUACAAAUGAGCAUUCUCAGACUUGUGAUUGGGGUAAUCUCCUUCAGGACAUUAUUCUCCAAGUAUUUAAGUAUUUGCCUCUUCUUGACCGGGCUCAUGCUUCACAAGUUUGCCGCAACUGGAACCAGGUAUUUCACAUGCCUGACUUGUGGAGAUGUUUUGAAUUUGAACUGAAUCAACCAGCUACAUCUUACUUGAAAGCUACACAUCCGGAGCUGAUCAAACAGAUUAUUAAAAGACAUUCAAACCAUCUGCAAUAUGUCAGCUUCAAGGUGGACAGCAGCAAAGAAUCAGCUGAAGCAGCUUGUGAUAUAUUAUCACAACUGGUAAAUUGCUCUUUAAAAACACUUGGACUUAUUUCAACGGCUCGGCCAAGCUUUAUGGAUUUACCAAAGUCUCACUUUAUUUCUGCCCUGACGGUAGUGUUUGUAAACUCCAAAUCCUUGUCCUCGCUUAAGAUAGAUGAUACCCCAGUAGAUGAUCCAUCCCUCAAAGUACUAGUAGCCAACAACAGCGAUACACUCAAGCUGCUGAAAAUGAGCAGCUGUCCUCACGUCUCUCCAGCAGGUAUCCUUUGUGUGGCUGACCAAUGUCAUGGCUUACGUGAACUGGCUCUGAAUUACCACUUGUUAAGUGAUGAAUUGCUGCUUGCUUUAUCUUCUGAAAAACAUGUCCGAUUAGAACAUUUGCGCAUUGAUGUAGUCAGUGAGAAUCCUGGACAGACACACUUCCAUACUAUUCAGAAAAGCAGCUGGGAUGCUUUCAUCAGACAUUCACCAAAAGUGAACUUAGUGAUGUAUUUUUUUUUAUAUGAAGAGGAAUUUGAUCCAUUCUUUCGGUAUGAAAUACCUGCCACCCAUCUUUACUUUGGGAGAUCAGUAAGCAAAGACGUGCUUGGCCGUGUGGGAAUGACAUGCCCGAGACUAGUUGAACUAGUAGUAUGUGCUAAUGGAUUACGGCCACUUGAUGAAGAGUUAAUUCGCAUUGCAGAACGUUGUAAAAAUUUGUCAGCUAUUGGACUAGGGGAAUGUGAAGUCUCAUGUAGUGCCUUUGUUGAGUUUGUGAAGAUGUGUGGUGGCCGCCUGUCUCAGUUAUCUAUUAUGGAAGAAGUACUAAUUCCUGACCAAAAAUAUAGUUUGGAGCAGAUCCACUGGGAAGUAUCCAAGCAUCUUGGUAGGGUGUGGUUUCCAGACAUGAUGCCCACUUGGUAAAGACCAAAAGAUGUAGGGCAUGAUGAAUAAUAGCACCUUAAUGUUAAGCAUAAUGUAUUAUAAUAAGAGUUUAUUUCCUGUAGUUCUGAUGUGAUUCUAUUUUGUGGCAUGGAAAUUUGAUAUCUGCAUUGAAUAUGUAAGGAUUGUUUAUUGGGAGACCCAUGGACCGGUUUCAGUUGGAAAACUUCAUUUCUUUCUUUAGCCUAAUAGCAGUCAAAGCUCGGAAAAAAAUUUUAAGUGUGGUUCAGAUCUGAAAGUGACCAGUUAUGAAGAUUAAACAUUUUACAGUCUGAAACAAAACCUAUAUAUUAUAGUAUCUGAGAAGUGAGUACUCAAAUAGGUUUUCCAAAAUGUUAUGUUCUCUAUGCAUUUUUUAAAAAUGUAAACUUGACAUUUUAGGGUCUUUAGUUAUACAUACACCUGUUAUAAGGUGUUUAAUAUAGCUCAGGACAGAGCAUUUUGUGAGAAAAAUGUAGGAUAUAUCAAAUGAGAUUGAACGUUCUCAAAUAUGUUACAGAUCUAUUUAAAGAGGUAUGUAUAAGUAAUUGGAUCUCUUAGAAAACUCCAAGUGUCCCAGUGGUUAUUAUAGAAGGAUAAUAAAAGAGCCAAGAUCAAAUUAAAAGAAAAAAACAGAAAGGGAGGAAGUGUUUAGCUUUGUAUAAACUUUCAGGUUUGCUCUAUAAUCUGCUAAACCAUAUAAAUUCUCUUCUGUGAUGUUACUAUGUAUGUGACUUUGGCAUCCUAUGUAAAGUCAGGAAUGCUUUACCAGUUCUCCUUGGUUUUGUUUAUCUUUAAGCUAAUUUUGAAAUAUUAUAUGGUAAUUGAAAUGAAAAGCUUAUCUAUUUAAAAAAGGCCAAAUUGACGUAAAUAAAGGUAGAAUUUUAAAAUGUUUAUAAAAUAUUUCCAUGAAAGAAUAUUAUUCUCCUGUGAAUUUUAGUGAUGGCUCAUUUUUCCACUUGGAAUUAAGGAAUUAAAUAGUUAUCUAAGUAGAACUUUCAAAAAUUAUAAAAGGAGCAUCAAUGUACAGUUCUGCAUAAACAAGUAAACUUAAAAGAGGAUAUAUUUAAGUUCAUAAUCAUAUUUUUGAGUAAAUAUUGCUCAGCGGACUGGAAAAUUUUAAUAGAAAAAUGUGCAGUUUUGUGAUUGUUAAUUUGGUUAAAACGCUAUUUUAUAUUAUUUAAGUUAGAUAACAUUUUUAUUACUUUCAUAUGAAUAAAGUUAAUCCAUAUAUUUCUGUAAAAAUACUAAGUUUUGGGCUACAUUUAGUUUUUUUAGGUAUUACAUAAGCUUUGAUUCUGAGCACUAGUGCUAGUAGAUAUUACCUUCCUAAGGGAAAUUAGGAGUAAUUUUACCCCAAUGGACUAAUAUAUUAAUGCUUGAAACUUUUAGAAAGCAUUUUAGUAAUUAUGGAAACUAACAGUCUUACAGAUCUAAUCUAUUUUUUAAAUAGAUUACCUUCCAAAGAAUAAAGUAAAAGGUGAUUUUCUGCCUAAUUUAUCUUUUUCAAAAGUCAUGGUAUUUUCUUCUCCUAUAAAUGAGAAGAAAAAAGGCUGAUCCAGACUUGGAAAUAAAAAGCAAUUGUUAUAAUAUUUUCCCUUCUUACUAAAUAGUAAAUAGCUUUGCACAAGAAAUCCCUGUCUUAGUGGAUGAAGCCUGUUUUCCUUGAACAACUUUGGAAAAUGGAUUUGACAGUACAUAAUCAGUUCUAACCAAAGCUUUAUUUGGAAAUUUACUUUUUUGUACAAAUUGAAUUAUAUAAUGCUUGAAAUACUUUAAGUCACUUUAUAAGCAAAAUGCAUAGCACUUACUUUGUUUAUACUGUAAAGUAUGUUAAAUGCUUUUAUCAAUUUGAGAAUAAAGAUAGUUACUAAUGCUGUUGUAUUACUGUAGUUUUUAAAAACUACCCUAAUAUAGGUGCUUGAUUUUCUAACAAGCAUACAGAUUUAUGGUUUUAAUUUCCAAUUUGUAUUUAAUAAAUACAGUGUUUAAUUUUAAAUGUUUAUGGUAGAAUGACUAUUUUGAAGAUGUAAGAUUAGGCAAAUGGAAUCUAUUCCUGAAGCUCUGAUGACUAAGGUGAUAGGGAAUAAAAACUGACCAUGAAAUGUAAAUGUUCUUCAAAUUUUAUAAAGAAAAUGGUUAAAUUAAAAAGAAUAGACUCUGCUUUUAAAAUAAGUAUCUAUAAAACAGGAGCACCUGGAUGGCUCAGUGGUUGAGCCUCCGCCUUCAGCUCAGGUGGUGAUCCCAGAGUCCUGGGGUCAAGUCCCAUAUCAGGCUCCCCAGAGGGAGCCCACUUCUCUGACUAUGCCUAUGUCUCUGCUUCUCUUUGUUUCUCAUGAAUAAAUAAAUAAAAUCUUAGAAAAGAAUUAUAAAACAUUAUUUUGAAAUAGAAUUUUUAAAAGUCCUUGAAACCAAGUGGCCUUUUUUUAUUUUUUGUUUUAUUUAUUUAUGAUAGGCACACAGUGAGAGAGAGAGAGAGGCAGAGACACAGGCAGAGGGAGAAGCAGGCUCCAUGCACCGGGAGCCCGACGUGGGGUUCGAUCCCGGGUCUCCAGGAUCGCGCCCUGGGCCAAAGGCAGGCGCCAAACCACUGCGCCACCCAGGGAUCCCCCCAAGUGGCCUUUUCAUAGAGAAAUGUCUUGUAUACAUCCAUACAAUCAGAAUGGUUUGUUGGGUUUUUUUUUUGUUGUUGUUGUUUUAAAGAUUUACUUACUUUAGAGAGAGCUGGGGGGAGGGGCAGAGGGACAAAGAGUCCUAAGCAGACUCUGCUGUGCGCAGAGCCCCACGUGGGCUUGACCCACAACUCAAUCUCAUGACCCUGAGAUUACAACCUGAGUAUGACACUUAGUGGACUGCACCACCCAGGCAUCCCAACCGGAAAGUUCUUAAACUAUUGAAAUUAUUUUCAUUUUGUCUUAACAGCUUCCAGAAAAUAAUUUCAAUUUCUCUUGGUAAUCUGGGCUAUUUUAACAAUACUAUCAGAAAAAAACAAAAAAACAAAAACCAAACCAAGUAUGACUAAAGAUGAAAUCAAUUUACUGCAUUCAAAGAAAUUAUAUUUAUGGAAAAGCUUAGAAUAGAUAAAUUCGGAGGAGUUUGUGAAGAAGGCUCAGGCCUGAACUAGGGUCCUUUAAGAAACUGUAAGUAAUCUGUACUUCAUACAUAACUGCGAACAAUCUUUGCAAAUUCCAGCUUCAGUUUAUCUGAGGUUUUGCUGUUAUCAAGCUGCCAGAAAAAUGUCCCUGCUUCCUGAAACCCAAAAUGGACACAAAGCCCUUUAUUCUUAAAGUGAACUAAGAGCUUAUUAUCCUUAAAAUAAUCAGUACAGUAAAAGAAUAUAGUUUUAAGUAGGGGAGGGAAAAUGUAGAUAGGCAAAUUUGAGAGCACAGGAAGCUACUUGGACAAUGAAGGGGAAACAAACUUUGGCCAGCCCAUUUGCUUUUGGCUGUGAACAGAGAAAAGCAAGCAUAUGAUUUUGGAACACUGUUGUGUAACAUACCAACAAUUAAAAAAAAAAAAUCUUGAAGUAUACCAAAAAAUUCAUUAAGUACCACCAGACCAGAUUAUAAACCUAGAUGAAGUUUCCUAAGACUUUUUUUCCCCUGAUUUCAAAGGAGCCAAUAUCAGGCGUUCCAAAUAUUUAACGUUUAGUAUUUUAACAUUUUGACUAUAUUUCUGUAUGUACCUAUUAAAAUACAUUUGAUGGGCAGCCCGGGUGGCUCAGCUAAAUUAGCGCCACCUUCAGUCCAGGGUGUGAUCCUGGGGAACUGGGAUCGAGUCCCGCAUCGGGCUCCCUGCAUGGAGCCUGCUUCUCCCUCUGCCUUUGUCUCUGCCUCUCACUCUGUGUCUCUCAUGAAUAAAUAAAUAAAAUCUUUAAAAUAUAUAUAUAUAUUUGAUGAUACUUUGUGGGUAUAUGUACUUAAUACUGAACCAGAAUUAAUGAGGAUAUAUUUACUCUAAAGCCCUAAGUCAAAUUUCAACAAAAUUAACAAAAUGGUUUCUCUAAAAAUAGAGGAAAUUUUAUUCAUUCAUAACAAAUUAACAGGAAAAAUAGAAACCAUGUUUAAGUUAUAUAGUAGAUCAAAGGACAGCAAAAUUUAAUUGGCAAAUUCCCACCUGGCCAUAAUUUGGUUUUUCAUCUACCAUUUUGAAAGCAUGUUCAUUCCAAGUCUGCUCCAAAAGCCCUACUUCAUCUUGGAAGUACAGUUGACAAGUUUGGUAAAUUCUUAAGUACUAAUAUGAAUUUUAUGCUCUGUGCUAUAGUCACCUGAAUUUACCUAUUUUCACAGAAUUCCUUCAUUUGUUCAUAUUCUUAGGAACUGAAAAAUAUUGAAUGCUUUUUCUAACGUGACUGUUUAGAAUCUUGGCUUUAAAAUUCAAAUUCCACAUCCAGAUGUACUCCUCUGUCUUUGCUACAGAACCAAGUUCUGUGUUUUAGAGUUAACACAAAUGUGGCACAAGAGUUUUUGCUUGUUACCCUAGCACUGUUCUAGAAAAUCCAAAAUUGUUUUCCCAGAUCAAUUUUCCUAAAUAUCCACUAAAAGUUGGCAUUGCCCAACUUCAGCCACUAGGUGGUGAUAACACAUGAAUCCAAGUUUGUGGCAUUCUGAAGACAACUAGCAGGUUUAAGAGGCAAAAUUAAUUAUGAAUAUUUAGGCACUAUUACCAUGAGUACAUAGGCUAAAUGGUAGGCAGUGAAACAGAGUUCUCAUAUAGGUGUGCAAGACUUUGCCUCUGUGCAGUAAGCAGAAUAAUGCAGUGCCUCCCAGGCUAUCUGUGGUAAAGGGCUGGGUUUUUAUUCUCAGAUUCUUGUACUAUGUAUAGUUUUGAAAAAUACAAUAAAAAUGAAUUCCUAGACAAAUGAGAUAAAAGCAGAAACAUACAAAAUACAAGCCAUUACUAGAUUCAACAUAAAAUUACUUCAAUAAGUUGCUUUAAAAGAAGUUUCUGACCAGUAUAUCAGUAUAUUUCCUAUCAGUAUAUUUACUUGACCAGUAACCUCUGGUGCUGAUAACACGUGCAGGCACUGGUCUGAGGACUACACUUUGAGUAGCAAUGAAACCUUGCUUGAUAGUGUAUGUCAUGGAGUCAACAGAACCGGUUCAAAAUGUGGCUCUGUUACCAGUAGUUAGGUCGCCUUGGAAAGGUCACUUAAGGGAUCCCUGGGUGGCUUAGCAGUUUACUGCCUGCCUUUGGCCCAGGGCGUGAUCCUGGAGUCCCAGGAUCGAUUCCUGCAUCAGGCUCCCUGCCUUGAGCCUGCUUCUCCUCCCUCUGCCUGUGCCUCUGCCUCUCUCUGCGUGUGUCUCUCAUGAAUGAAUAAAUAAAAUCUUUAAAAAAUAAUAAUAAGUCACUUAACCUUUCUAAGCCCCAACUGACUCAUUUGGAUCAGGUAAAUAAUACCCACAUUUAGGCUUUGUAGGAGAAUCCAGUGAGAUUGUACUAACCUCUCAAGAGGCACUCAAUGUUAGUAGAAACCGAGUAACAAUUUACAUAUUACAGAUGGUCUCUGCUUCAUCAUCUUACUGACUGGUGUUUUUUCCAUGAAUAGACAGUAUUUGGUUGAUCAUUAAACAUCUGAAGGACCUUGAAACCUUGUUUGAUGGGACUAAGUGGAAGCACAGCUACUUGGAGAUCCUGACAAAAACCUGUCCCCUAUCUGACAGGUUUAGGGAAAAUGUCAGCUUCCAGAAAAUAACUUCCAAUUUCUCUUGAAGCCUAUUCACCCAGAUGUAUCUGCAGUCAUACUUCUGUGUCUUAGGUGUUUGAAGAACUGCAGAAGCAAACUGUCAGCUCAAAGUCUAGGUUAUUACUAUAAAACCCAGGAAAGGUUCGUAAACUACAUUAGGCCAGAUCAAGGAUGGCACUUUGUCCUUUGAUUCAUCACUAUAGCUACCAUUUACUGCAACUUUCCCUUGAAAAAUACACAUGGCUUCAAUCUUUACAACAGUCCUGACAGAUGAAUCAUCUUAGACAUACGGACACUAAGGUUCAGAAAUGCCUUAUGAGCCAUCUAAAUCACAAAAUGCCAGUUACUAGCUAUAAUUCUCAAAUGCUAGCUAGAAACUUGUACUAUUGAACACUGUUUUUACCUCAUUUAGAAGCACAAUUGCUACAGCUAUGGUGUCCAAAUUAGUCUUUAAGUGAAUAGAACAAAAUCAAACUGCUAGAUCUGGUCCCGAAAGUUACAAAAGCUGUGACAUCAGUCUAAACCACCAAAAAGUGCUUAAAUGAAAACCAUAACUACCGUACCACGAAAAAGUAGCUCCUGCCAUGAAAAUGUCACUGAGGGUAUUUUAAAAAAAUCUUGGCAUACCAUAUCCACAAUUUAAAAAUAAGGGGUACAAAGAUCCUAUAUAUCUGAUAUGAACUAUAAUUCAUACUAACAAAGGCUUGGAGUUUGAAAUCAAGAUUACCUAAUGUACAAUGUACUCACUUUGGCCAAUGCAGUAAGAGUUUCAGCUUCUCUCCAAAAAAGUCCUGAGAUGAUAUGCGGCAAUUCUGCCCAGGUGCAUUUCUGCUCCAAGGCAGAAAGGCCUAAGAAAUCCACAAAUGUAAAAUCACCCCCUGAAAAAUAUAUAUAUGCUGGUGAUAGAAGGAAAAAAAGAG